AUGAACAAAGAAAACCAAACCUAUCUGACUGAAUUCAUCUUGCUGGGCUUUUCUUCUGAUCAUCAAACCCAGAUUCUGCUGUUUGUGAUAUUUUUUAUCAUCUACCUGUUGACUAUGUUUGGGAAUCUGCUCAUCAUACUCCUAAUUCAGGUUGACUCUCGACUUCACACACCAAUGUACUUCUUCCUUAAAAUCUCAUUUACUGAUCUCUGUUUCUCUACAGCUAUUGUUCCCCAGAUGCUAUCCCAUUUGCUGGUCAUGAGAAAGACCAUCUCUUUUACUAGGUGCUCAAUUCAAAUGCUUUUCUUCCUAACAGCAGGGUGUACAGAGAGUUCACUUCUAGCAGUGAUGUCCUAUGACUGCUAUGUGGCUGUCUGCAAGCCCCUGCGCUAUUCCACUCUCAUGACCCAGAGAAUUUGCGUUCAGCUGGUCACGGGGUGCUGGGCCAGUGGAGCAUUUGUGUCUUUAGUAGAUACCACAUUCACUUUAUGUCUCCCAUAUCAGGGACAGAAUAUAAUUAAUCAUUAUUUUUGUGAGCCUCCUGCCCUCCUGAAACUGGCUUCAGCAGAUACCUACAGCACAGAAAUGACCAUCUUUGCAAUAGGUGUUGUAAUUCUGCUAGGUCCUGCCUCUCUCAUCCUUUUCUCCUACUGGAAUAUUAUCUCCACUGUAAUUCAAAUACAGUCAGAGGAGGGGAGGCUAAAGUUGUUCUCUACCUGUGGAUCCCAUUUCAUUGUUGUUUUCUUAUUCUACGGGUCAACAAUAUUUACCUACAUGCAGCCUAAUUUGAAGCAAAUGAAUAAAGGGGAUAAAGUGGUCUCAGUGUUCUACUCAGUCAUAACACCAGUGAUUAACCCUUUCAUUUAUAGCCUGAGGAACAAGGAUGUGAAAGAAGCAUUUAGGAAAGUAUUUGGAAAAUAG